AUUCCAAAAUCCAGAACAACCAGAGAUCUGUCAAAAUUACGUUGGCCAAGUAAAUCGUACGAGUAAUAAAUUAACAAAAAUAAUACAGUUCUAUUUCAUAUGUCCAUUAAUCUUCCAACUAUUGGCUGAAGUUAACGCAUGAAACGAAAUGACGUGUUAAAGUGAUAAGAAGAAAAACAAAAUAAAAAAGAGAUCAUGGUGCUAAUGGUUUAGUGUGACGACGUGCCUCAAAGGACAAAAAAAAUGAAAAACUGUGUUGUUUUCGUUGACCAAGUGUAAAGGAUACAAGUUCCAUCAUGUUUCGCAGCAGAAGUUGGUUCGGUGCCUCAUGGGGGCGGCCAAAGAACCCUCAUUCGUUAGAAAGAUUGAAAUAUUUACAUAAUAUUCUGUGUAAAAACACGACGGUUUCCGAGAGUAACCGCGGUACCUUGGUGGAAUCGCUCAGGUGCAUAGCCGAGAUACUCAUAUGGGGCGAUCAGAAUGACAGUUCCGUAUUUGAUUUCUUCUUGGAGAAGAACAUGCUGUCAUACUUCUUGAAGAUCAUGAGACAGAAGUGCGGGGGAUCUUCAUAUGUAUGUGUGCAGCUGCUGCAAACCCUCAAUAUACUGUUUGAGAAUAUAAGAAAUGAAACAUCACUGUAUUACUUGCUGAGCAAUAACCAUGUGAAUUCAAUAAUAGUGCACAAAUUCGACUUUUCUGAUGAGGAAGUAAUGGCAUACUACAUUUCCUUCCUCAAGACCCUCAGCUUGAAGCUCAACAAUCAUACAAUACAUUUCUUUUACAAUGAGCACACGAAAGACUUCCCGCUGUAUACAGAGGCGAUCAAGUUCUUCAACCAUUCGGAGUCAAUGGUGCGAAUCGCAGUUCGCACUCUCACCCUCAAUGUAUACAGAGUUCAAGAUGCCAGCAUGCUCAGAUUCAUUAGAGAUAGGACUGCGGCCCCGUACUUCAGUAAUCUAGUUUGGUUUAUCGGCAAACACAUUCUGGAACUCGACGCGUGUGUUAGAAACGACGCUGAAAAUUCUUUUUCCAGCCAUCAAUCGCAACAGAAAUUGGAUGAUCUAGUAGCUGAACAUUUAGACCAUCUUCAUUAUAUAAAUGACAUCUUAUGUCUUAACAUUCCUGACCUAAACGAUGUAUUGACGGAGCAUCUAUUGCACAAACUGCUUGUACCUCUAUACAUUUACUCUCUCACUUCCGAAAGUGUAAGACGAACGCAGACAUCCUCACCUUACAAUAGAGAUCACAUACAAAGCAUAGAAGCAAUUACAAGAAACCUGGAAGCUAUAUUAAAAGGAAAGAACGCCGAAUCUCCAUCAAGAAUGACAUUCCCUCGGCAAAGAAUGGAAUCAGAGGACGAGACCAAACCGUCUGUGUCAUGCGUAGUGUCCCUGUUUCUGCUAUCGCAAGUGUUCCUUAUCAUAACGCAUGGUCCAAUUGUCCACGCGCUGGCCUGGAUCAUAUUGCAGUCAGACUUAUCAGUAUUCGAGGACGGAGCCACUAAGAUACUAGAAAUGUACAUUAGCAAUGCUAAGUCCAAUGUCAAAUUAGAGUUCUCUAAACCACAACUAAGUCUAGAGAAGGCGUUAGAGAAUACCUCAAGCGAGAGAGACUACACUACUCCAGAAUACGGUGGUCCUAAAGCAUUCGGAUAUGACACCGAUCAAUCGAGUUGCGAUCUCGAUCCCGAACUAGUUUCGACUUCACUUCCGUCCACUUCUCAUAUAAGUGAAUCAUCGAGCAUCGGCCACGAUUCCACUGAGGAUUUAGUUACUCAAAUACAUUCGGCGAAAACUAAUAGCUCGGGGACUCUCAAAGAGAACAUGCCCGACUCGCCUUUGCCUGAUUCAGGUAUCGAAUCGAGUUCGUCGAAAACAAACGAAUACAAUAAUAUUACUGACGAAGAGAAACAAAAACUUUUAGGUGUUGCACCGAGUACUUCUGCUGAGAGAGCGUUGACAUUAGACAGUAUAAUUGAAAAGGAGAGUAGAGAGAUUGAAAAAAGGCCAUUUUUGAAAACGAUUCUGGACUCGUUGGAUUGCAGUGAAAAUGAUUACAAAGCGCUGUUCGCCCUGUGUCUGCUGUUUGCGCUAAUAAAUAACAAAGGAGUGAACACAGAACUCCUAGAUACCCUACUAUGUCCGGAAGAAGAAAUAACGUCUGGUCACGAGUCGAGUACGUCGUGUGCAGCGCCCUCUGGCGACGCGAUGACGUCACCGCCCCCGAAGCGGCCAUUACAGAGCUUUAACGCUCUGCUUAUAUCCAAGCUGAUGGCGAUUGCUAAUUUGAGCUGUAAACCUGCAUCAAAAGUCCGUCUAGUAACACUAGAACUAAGCGUGACUCUGAUGCGGGUAGCGAUGUGCGGCGCGGGGGGCGGGGCCAGCGCUCGCCACGCCCCCGCGGCCGACGCCCUCCGCGCUCGCGCCGCCUCCCUCGCAAGAAACUUCUAUAAGUGCGACGAUAUAUUCCUCGAUAUGUUUGAGGAUGAAUACUGCGAAACGAGCAAGCGACCGUUAAACGUGGAAUGGCUAUGCAUGGACGCCGCCAUUUUGUUACCACCUACAAGGACACCCAUGUCGGGCAUCGCUUUCGCUAAGAGAUUGCCUAGUGGAGAGAUGGAAAGAGCGCGGCGAGCGAUACGCACCUUCUUUCUAAUCCGGGACUUAUAUUUGAAGCUGACCGGGAAACCUGAAACUCAGUUGCCUCUAACUAAUCCUGCGCCCUUCGUACAAGUUGGAGACGUUUUGGACCUUAAUGAUUCUGAUCUCAUAUCUUGUGAUAUAAUACAGAAGGAUGGUACAUGGCAACAUAGGUUUCUGGCAGUAGACAAUAUACAAAUAAUUUUAGUGGAACCCGACAAGCAAAGAUUAGGAUGGGGCGUCGCCAAACUUGUGGGAAGCCUACAAGACUUAGAAAUCCAAGGUGAUAAAGAAGACCCGCGCUGUCUGCACCUCACCAUUCACAAGCCUAGAGUCGGCGCGUCGGGCGCACUCCCGCGCACCGUGCUGUUGAGAGCCAAGUUUAAAUUCGACGAUCAUAUUAGAAGUAUGGCUGCUAAGCAGAGGUUGACUAAGGGUCGUACGAAAUCCCGCCAAAAGAAAAUGCAACAGAUAGGCCGGCUACUAGAAGUGUCGGGCAUGUGUGCUCCGGCCAUGGCGCCCAGACACCGGCCGCUGUUUGCCAGACCUGCACUAGCUACCGUGAGACGGUCUACAGUUGUUUCGGUAGGAGGCGACGACGAUACAGAGCGGCGUCUGCGCAGGCCCAGCGGACAUAUGCUUAAGGAUGGCAUCGUCGUCUAUAGAGAACGUACUACUAGCAGAGAGAGCAGUGUAUCGCGCAGCAGUAGCGCGCACGGGUCGCGCGAGGGCUCGCCGCGCUCGCGGUCUGAGGACAUACCCAUGGAGGACAUCAAGAGAAACGCCGGCACUUCUAGCUUAGCUGCACCGCCUGUAGUCACGCAGAACUUUUCAAACGAUGGAGGCAAGCGGAUGAAUUUACACCAUGAAUUAACAAAAGUUGACCAUCCAUCGAUUUAAUCCUUAAUAGUCAGCCCAGCACAUCGUCCCCUCUCCUAAAAUCGCACGUGUCAUCUGAAGAAACUUCAUUCAUUUCGAGCGAGCCGUCGCGACCGAAACGCAAAGGGCUCGUCGAAACUAUAUGAUAUUAGAAGGCGAAUACGACCUUUUGAGAAUAGCACGGUAACCUCAACUCAUAUUCUCUUAAAUCUAUCCCUAUUAAUAAGAAACUAUUCUAAUUACUUACGGAUGGUAGAUUUUUGACAUAAGCUACAUACUAUAAACGUCAAAAAAUUACUACGAUUAGUAGAUUUUUGACGUAAACCUCCUACCAUACCUCAAUAACGUCAAAAAACUACCAUCUGUAAGUAAAACGAAACGUUUCUUAUUAGUAUUUUAUCAUGUGAACAAAUUGAAUGGCGUAAGUCACGUGACAGGUCAUAGAUGUGAUAGAAUCGUGUCAUAGAGAAUAUGACGCAUAUAAAACCUUUUUGUACGGAAAAGUGAAGAUAAAUAGUGAGAUAUAGGAAAGGUGGGAUUUUAUAUAUUGGCUCAAUAGAAAUUGUUUUUAAAAUUAUUCGAAUUGACUCCUGGGUCAACGAUCUCUUUGGUUCCUCUUUCAAAAUUAUUGACAAAUGUUCAAGUUUAGCUUAGAUUUUUACUGUUUUAACCAGUGAUGUGAUAUGAAAUUGAUUUUAUUUAUUUACAUUAUACUUGCAUGUUAUUUGAAGUACAAUUUUGACAUAUAAAUUGUGGUUUGGGUUAGUUUUUGUAUUUGACAAUCCUAUGGAGUAUUUGUAUGGGUAGAUGUAAAGUGACUUUCGAAAGGCAUGCUCUAGUUGACAAUAACUCCGCUAUGUUAGAAUAAGAAUUGUCUAUUUUUAUCCCUGUGACCUAUCUGAUCACCGUUUUAAACAUUUUAGGAUCAAAAUUCACAAAUCAUCCUAAAAUAUAUUAAUACAGCGCAAAUAGUUCAACAUUCAUUAUCUCAAUAUGCCACUUUAACUCAUUUCAAAAAUCUAAGAUUUCCAAAAUGUAGAAGUGUUAUUUUGAAUGAAUGUCAAAUAUUCAUUACCACAUUAUGGUUGGUCAUGUAUUUAGUUUUUUCUUAAUUCAGCACACGUAAGUAUUAUUAUUAGUUACCAACUAAAACUAUUCUUUGUAGGUCCUUCAAAUUUUUUCAAUGCUAUUUUAAGUAUGUGUCCUAGAAUAGUUUUUCGUCUACACUUCCAUUAUUGUGUUUAAAUACUGUCAAAGCUAGUGAGUAUGUAGUUGAAAAAUACUUUUAAUACUAUUUUUUCAUUGAAAAAUUCUAGAAAAAUCUUUUCAUAAAUUAAAUCGUCAUAGUUCAUAAAGUACUGGAAAUUAGACGGUAUAUAAACACAUUGAUACUUUAAGUAGAUAAUUUGACACAAAUUACUCGAAAACAUAAAUCAUGAGAGAUUUCAUAAUGUAGUUGUUAUUUUUCUAAAACUUAACGGCUUGGAUCUCUUGUUACGUCCACGUAGUUUAUGAAAAUUAUAAAAGUAAAUAAAUAAAAAGUGGUUUCACAAAUAACGAUACUUCGUGAAACUCUCUGUGAUCGAGUUUGCGUUGACUUAAAAUUUUGUAAAAAGAUAUGUUUUAAAAUCCUUCACAAGUCCAAAUAUUUCUACUUAUAAUACUUUUUUGACACAGUACCUAUUCUUUAAAAUUUUACCUUCAGUACCAUAUACAAUAAAUAGGACCUUAAUUUAAAACAACGCAAACUCUUUGAUUAGAUAGAAAUAAUAAAAUAAAUGUAUUAUUGUAUAUUUAUGUAUGGUAUCCCUGUAUUUAUGUAUGUUUGUGUGUCUUGUAACUCAUGGCUAACCAGGAAUUGAUUUGACUUGUGUAUUUGUACGUGAAAUCUGUUAUAAAAGCUUGCUUAUGUAUGUCCAAAUAUAAUAUAAUAUCUAUAUAAUUUUAAACCGUUUUGACGAAAAUAUGUUGAGGUCUGUAAGAUCAAAUUAAGGUAUAAAUAAGUUUGCUACUCCAAAACUAUGCAAUUACAACUGUCAAUAAUGUUCUAAUAUAAUCAUUCCUUCUAUGUGUUGGUAAAUAACAAGAAUUUAUUAAAAGUACGUUAAAAUAACAAUCUAAGUAUGACUAACAAACAGAUCUAACUAGAAUAUUCUAUCGAUAAUUCUUGAGUAAUUUUUAUGUUGUGAUUUUUUUAUUUUAUUUUAAGAGUUGCAAUAAUUGAUGUAAAUAAAUGUAUUUUUAUGUUCUUAAAAGAAAAUAUUGUAGUGUUGAAAUGAAAUAUAUCACAUGUUACAUUUA